AUGCCUCACUUUGAGAACGAGCCAACGAUCGCCGUUGACGACACCUUCGGAGACUGGAGAGACACGCUGAUUGAGGAUGGAUUCGUGGUGCUGAAAGGAGUCCUUUCGCAAGGAAAAGCGCAGUCGUACGUUGUCCGCAUGUACAAAUGGCUGGAGUCCUUUCCGUUUGGCUUCAAGCGAGACGACCCAAGCACUUGGAAGCCACAAUGCCUGCCGAACAAUAUGAAGGGCGGCAUGUACCAUGACUACGCCGUGCAGCAUGAGAAGUUUAUGUGGGACGCUCGUUGCGAACCCUCAGUUGUCGAACCGUUCCAGAAGCUUUGGGGAACCGAAGACCUGCUGGUAUCGUUUGAUGGCAUGAACCUGACAUUCCCCGUAAAUCCUCGUCCAACAUCUGCGCCCUGGCCACAUGUGGACCAGAGUCCGCUUCGCAAAGGCAUGCAGUGUGUCCAGGGCAUUCUAAAUCUGGCACCAAAUGGCCCAAAAGAUGGUGGACUGGUGGUUUUGAAGAAGUCUAGCAAACUCAACGAGCUGUUCUUCAAGACUCAUACCAUGAAAGAGGGCAGUACGUGGAGUCCGGCAGACUGGUACGGCUUCUCGCAGGAAGACGUUGAGUGGUUUCAAGCCAAGGGUUGUGAGAUGGUCAAAGUCUGCGCUGAUCCUGGUGAUCUCGUACUCUGGGACUCGAGAACAGUCCAUUACAAUGUCCUGCCAGAGACCGACAACACAAGAGCAGUGAUGUAUAUUUGCUACUCGCCUGCUCGUUUCGCGUCAGAAGAGGACUUGCAAGAGAAAGCCACGCUUUUUCAUGAGAGGACUGGAACUACUCAUUGGCCUCACGCCAACAUCUUUAGAGCAGGUGAAAAGCAUCCAGAGCGGACAGCAGGAGAGCCAUAUGGUAGAAAUCGGCCAGUGGAGGAGCCUGAGGAGCCUGAGAUCCUAUUAAAGUUGGCGGGGGCUCUGUCGUACUAA